AUGGGUGCCGACAAGGACAAAAUCACCCGCGAAACCAGCUUCAUGGAAGAUCUGAACGCAGAUAGUCUGGACACUGUCGAACUCGUCAUGGAGUUCGAAGAUGAGUUCGAGACUUCCAUUCCAGACGAUCAGGCAGAAAAGAUCCUGACCGUCGGCAAUGCGAUCGACUUCAUCAAGCAGGCAAACGGAUCAACAACGCUCAUGAGUUCCAACAAUCGUCAUCGUGUCGUCAUCACCGGGAUGGGUGCUCUCACCAAUGUGGGUCACAACGCCGCGGAUACUUGGGACGCGAUGAAGUCGGGACGAUCGGGGAUCAAAACGAUCGACUCGCCGGAGUUCGACCAGUACAACGACUGGACAGUCACUAUCGGCGGACAAGUCCGCGAUUGGACUCCGGAUACAAUCAUGGACAAGCGUGAAGCGAAGCGCGUCGAUCGCGUUUCGCUGCUUGGACUCGCCGCCGCACAAGAAGCUGUGGAUCACUCUGGGAUGGAUUUCACAACAGGCGAUCCCGAACGACGCGGGAUCGUUAUGGGAUCGGGAAUUGGUGGGAUCUACACCAUCGAAACCAGUGUCCAGAUACUGGAAAGCAAGGGCCCAUCGCGGAUCUCCCCAUUCACAGUACCCAAGCUCAUGGCCAACGCGGUGACCGGGAAUAUCUCGAUCCGAUUUAACCUGCAGGGAUACGCAUCCACCCACGCGACGGCGUGUGCCUCGUCAGGUCACGCGAUCGCGGACGCGAUGGAAGCGAUUCGAUCAGGGAAAGCGGAUGUCAUGAUCGCCGGCGGCGCGGAAGCCGCGCUGACCCCGCUGUGCUUGGGCGCGUUCAUGACCAUGAAAGCACUCUCGACACGCAACGAUGCUCCAGAGAAAGCAUCGCGUCCGUUCGAUAUUGAUCGAGACGGAUUCAUCCUGAGCGAGGGUGCCGCGGUGUAUGUGCUCGAAUCGCUUGAGCAUGCACAAGCUCGCGGCGCAACGAUCUACGCCGAGCUCUGCGGCGCUGCGAACUCCUGCGACGCGGGACACAUCACGGCUCCGCAUCCAGAAGGACGCGGCGCCACCAACGCGAUGAAGUGGGCGCUCAAAGACGCGGGCAUGGAUCCGACCUCGAUCAACUACAUCAACGCCCACGGCACCUCCACACCGCUCGGAGACAAAGCCGAGAUCAUCGCCGUUAAGAACGUCUUCGCGAACCACGCGACCAGCGGCGGUCUCGUCAUGAACUCCACCAAGUCCAUGCACGGCCACUGCUUGGGAGCUUCCGGAGCGGUCGAACUCAUCGCGUGCAUCCACGCGGUCACAGACGGCAUCGUCGCCCCAACGAUCAAUCUGGACAACAUCGAUCCGGAAUGCUCAGGUGUGGAUAUCGUCGCGAAUACCGCGCGUGAAAUGAGCGUUAACUACGCGAUGAACAACACCUUCGGAUUCGGCGGACACAAUGUCAGCUUGAUCGUGGGACGCUUCGACGGAUAA